GAGAAAGGAAGUAUUUAGUCCAGCCCUUGGAAGAAUCAGUCUAAGUUAUUUUACUCGGUCUUUAAAAACCUACAACUCCUCAUUUUGCCUCCUGUUGAGAAAUAAAAACAAUGUCGGGCUUCGUCAAAGGUCCCUCUUACGGCUUAUCGGCGGAAGUCAGAAACAAGAUUGCACAGAAAUACGACCUCCAGAAGGAAGAGGAGCUGAGGGUCUGGAUCGAGGACGUCACCGGCGUCUGCAUCGGCCCUGACUUCCAGAAAGGCCUCAAAAAUGGAGUCAUCCUGUGCGAGCUUAUAAACAAACUCCAGCCAGGCUCUGUGAAAACCAUCAACCAUUCAACGCUAAACUGGCACCAGCUGGAGAACCUGACCAACUUCAACAAAGCGCUCAUUGGUUACGGCCUGAAGCCUCACGACAUCUUUGAGGCCAACGACCUCUUUGAGAAUGGCAACAUGACUCAGUUGCAGACAACGCUGCUGGCGCUGGCAAGCAUGGCUAAGACAAAGGGGUCCCACUCGAGGGUGGACAUCGGCGUGAAAUAUGCGGAUAAACAGAAGAGGAAAUUUGACGAGGAGAAGAUGAAGGCCGGACAGUGUGUCAUUGGCCUCCAGAUGGGGACCAACAAGUGUGCCAGCCAGGCAGGUAUGAAUGCAUAUGGCACCAGGAGGCAUUUGUAUCCUACCCAAAUCCUGCCCCCCAUGGACAACACCACUAUCAGUCUCCAAAUGGGAACCAACAAGGGGGCAAGCCAGGCUGGGAUGACCGCACCGGGGACCAGACGUGCCAUUUACGACCAUAAGCUGGGCACAGAUAAAUGUGACAACAGCACCAUGUCCCUCCAGAUGGGCUACAGCCAGGGAGCCAAUCAGAGCGGCCAGAACUUCGGCCUGGGCCGGCAGAUCUAUGACGCCAAGUACUGUUCAAAAGGCGGAGAGGUCACAGAUGAAACUAACGGAGCGGGAGGUGUCUACAUCCCAGACUACCAAGAUGAGGGUUACCAAGGUUACCAAGAAGAGGAGCAGGUGUACCAGGAUGAAGGGACGGAUUACUAGAAGAGGGGAGUAAAUGGAGAAAGGAAAGAUUUUAAAAGAAAAAGAAGAAAAAAAACAACCUCAAGGCAGAUGUUUUAGUUUUAUAUCCAAAGGAUGUGGCACCUUCUUUGGGUCAUAUCUUGAUAGUAUUCCAUGAAUGUUUUCUUAUUCCUCUUUUUAUGUCCAAACCCAUGGUUACAUACAUCUACAUGAACUGUAUCAUUGUGACUACAAAAGCCACUCAUCUGGCUGUAAUAGUUUUGUAUCCAGCGGCCUUUUUAAUGUGCCAAAUGUGCCCCCACCCCCAUUGUUUCACUAACAUCUUAGUUAUGCUAAGGGAAUAUUUAGGGGCACCAUUUUAUCUUGGAAAUAAAAAACAAACAAAAAAAACAAUCUUAAUCCUUAAGGUGCUGGGAUGGUUGAGUUUGUGAAGAGGACAUUUGAAAUGUCAUAACUUGGCUUGCCAUCACAAUCACACAUUUGUGGUUCUGUAAUUGUUGCAAAUUGUUCCGUUGUCCCCAGAACCGGUCCGACUUGUUUCGUUGGAGUAGGGCAAGUAAUACAAAAAAAAAAUCAAUAUUUGAACAUUCCAAGCAUGGAUACUGGAUCUUCUGUCAAGUGAAUCAUUCCUUUACGUUGGUUGAUAUGCAAACCAAUUCUAUUUGAUCAUUAUGUUUAUUAUUUAUACGCAGUAGCAUAUUGAAGGGGGUGUUGUUUUCUUUUUCUACCGUGACUCUUGAGUAACAUUUUUAGUCCCCCCCCCCCCCCCCCCCCCGAAGUUGUCUCAAUGGAAAAAUGAAAUGACCAUUAAACUUACCUGCUAAUUUAUAAUGUACCUGUAGAAAUAAACAUGACAAGAGCUCAUUCUUAAUUGGUGUUGACAGUAAUUUCUUUCACCUGAUUGAGAGAAUAUAUGAGCCUCAUCGGUGGAAAUUGUAUUCAGUUGUUUUAGUUCCAUCUAUGUCUACAGAAUAAAUUAGCAAGUGAGUUGUAUGUUUUUAUUGAUGCAAUGUAAUAAAGAUAUGUAUUCAUUA